GGGGCGUCCAGGGGAUUUGGCGGAGGUGUAUUUGUAAGCGAUGAAAGAUGGAUUCGUUACAGGCAGUAUACUGUACUCAAAUGGUGGCAGGCUUUUAGUUUAGAAGUCUUUCUUCUUUUCUUUUAUUUCACUUGAUUGGUAGACUUCUAUGAUCCUACUUUUAAUAAUCGAUUUAACCUAUUUUAUUCCGAUUUUCUAUGAUACAGGGGGAUCACGGUUAAACGAUACGCUGACUCCGAACAAGGCGCUCUCAAAUCGCACUGUUACAAACACAAACUAUAUAGUUAUUUUAACUGCUUGGUUCACAUAUGUAACAAAUUUAAAUGAUGUCAUCAAAUCAAUCUAUCACAGAAUCUACUGACGAGCCUGUUGCAAAUUCAAAAUUCCUGUUCAUCGCGAUCAACAAUCCAGAUGAUUUAAAAGAUCAUGACACAAAGCGCCGAGCCCGGUCGCAUGCUGUGAAGCAAGCGCUCGAGAACAACCGAAAGCUUCGGAAAGAAUCAGGUGACAAUUUCAGAGUUUCGUCGUCAAAAGAUUACUCCAGAAGAUUGGCGAGCAAUAGAAUGCGUAGCCAACCCCGAGUCGCAAUACCAUUGUCCCCAUCCGUCAGCACGCUUGAUCCUUUCCAGACGCUGGCUGUGGAUUCAUCGAGACUGCAUGCACUGUUUAGCAACUACAAGGCCAGACAGGCUGCCGAGCCUGUUUUCAGUGUUAAGAAUGAGCUUGUAUAUCAUAGCUUUCACACAGUUUUUAACGCAGGGCUAGAUGACCCUGCUCUUUUGAAUGCUGUUAUGCUUACAUUCGCAUUUGCAGCGACGGAGGGGGGCAUCAAUCAAGAAUGUCUUAGGUACCAGAGUAAAGCAAUAAGUUGCAUUCGUGAAAGAAUGAGUUCUAUAGACAGGGCUACUAUGACAACAACCAUUGGGGCCAUAUUGCUGCUUACUGGGGUAGAGGCUCGCCUUGGGAUGCAGUUUCAAGUUCAAAUUCACAUGAGAGCAAUAAAACAGGUGCUUGAUAUGUGUCAAACGGAGGGGAUAUAUCUCACUAGCGGAAUCAAGCGGGCUAUAUUUUGGCAAGACUUGAAUUCAUCGUUUAUGACAGGCUCGACCCGCAUAGUUGAUCAUACGACUUUUACCGAGCUUCAGUGGAAAAGAGAUUCGUAUUCCCCAAGUCUUUUCCGGCUUCCGCCAGGAUUCCAGGUCCGAUCCCAAGUACUAACCAAAGAGUUUGUUGAAAUACUGGAAGAUAUACAUGCAUUGUCAUGUAUUCGUGUGUUUUCCGGCCCCUCCAACUGUAAACCGCUAGCGAUGGCAAAUAUUAACAACCACCAAGCAUCUAUUCAGUCACGGCUGGUGGGAUUAGUGGGCCAUUCUCCCAUUUUAGAAUGUUGUAAGCUUGCUGCAUAUCUUUGUUCCAGUAUGCUAUGCUGCCAGGUUUGGUGUGCCUUAGUAAUUCCGACCCACGUUUCCUUAAGGUUACUUCGAGAACUACAACAAGCGAACGACGACCCUGUAUGGGAAGAUCACCCCGAGUUGUUACUUUGGCUCCUGUAUAUCGGCGGGGCUUUCACCACCACGGAAACCGUACGCUCAGAUUACGUUGUUCUCCUGCGCUUGAACACCUCUUCCAGACUUCGAGGCUUGUAUAAAUCGUGGCAGGAACUGCUUAACAUUUUGAAGCAAUUUAUUUGGUCGGACGUCGCAUUCACGUCGGAUGUUAAGGCGCUCUGGGAAGAAGUCACAAAUUAAAUUGGUUGGAAUUUGAAUAUCAAAUUCCCAACAUGCUAACCAAGACUGGCUACCAUUUCAGUAGAAAUUAAGCGUUCUGAAUACUUAGAUAACCUCCUAUUCUCUAGCAUCAUAUCUUUAUACUGGCUUUUCAUAUAUAAUGUUCGUAAUAAUUCA